AUGACGUCGAGGAAAUUCAGAUCUGAACAUGUUGCCACAUUGAGAAGCACACUUCUAUCUACAUUCUGCAAGCAUGUUGCAAGAGUCAUAGUUGCAGGAACCCUGUUAGAAUUUAGUGAAUUUCUACAUGUUUUGUUGCUGAAGUGGAUCAAGUCUAAAUGUAUAUACAUUGAAUCAGCAGACAAGAAGCUCAACGAUAAUUACGUUGAUCCUGCAUCCCUUCAGGAUAUUGCAAAUCAAAUUGCUCGUGCGGAAGGCCCCUGUGCACCGAACAGAGAUUACCUUUUCCAACUUCAAAAGGAGCUUACUUAUAUAGGAUGUGAAGAUAGACAUUUCAUUGGCAUGGCAAAUGAAGUGAGAAGCAAUCUUUCAGGGGCGAAAUUGACUUCUUCAUGAUACUAUGGUUAACAAAGAUGAAGAACUCAAAGAUGAAGAUCUCGGCUUUCAAUUACAAAUUAUCUACAACAACUAGUUGCAGUUAGCCUCUAAUGGCAAUGGAUAAGCUCAUUGCAACUUAACCCUGAACAUGUCAAAUGCUCUAUGUUUAUUUAUACAUACAGUUCAUUGUCAUUUUAUUCUCAAACAUUAUUUCUGUUGGCUAAAACUCAC